GAGGCUGUUAUGGUUUAGACCAGGAUACAGAGAAAGCACAGACUGCGAGUUUCAGAACUCUGUUAUGACAACAUUUCCAACUGGUCCAGGUGGAGGCAGGAGCUGUGAGUAGAGGCAGCACACAUCAGCAGCAUGUACUCCGAGUGGCGCUCGCUGCAGCUGGUGGUGCAGAGUGACCAGGGCCACCUCAGCGUCCUGCACACCUACCCCACCACGGUGGGCACAGAGGUGGCCAAUGCUGUGGUCAAGCCCCUGGGAACGGCUGUGAGCCCCGUGGCCACAGAGAACAUCUUGAAAACAGACAAAGAGGUGAAGUGGACCAUGGAGGUGCUGUGCUACGGCCUGACCCUCCCCCUGGAGGGCGACACUGUCAAGCUGUGCGUGGACGUGUACACAGACUGGAUGAUGGCCCUGGUGUCACCCAGAGACUCGAUGCCGCAGCCUGUGGUCAAGGAGCCCAACAUGUACGUCCAGACCAUUCUGAAACAUCUCUACAACGUCUUUGUACCAAGGCCUGAGCAUCACAGUCUGAACCACAUCAGGCUUUGCCAGCAGGUUCUGACUGCAGUCCAGAAGCUUGCACGAGAGUCUGUUUCCAUGGUAAGAGAAACCUGGGAGGUGCUGCUGCUCCUCCUGCUUCGCAUCAAUGACACGCUGCUUGCGCCGCCCACAGUUGGUGUCGGAGUAGCAGAGAAGCUGGCAGAGAAACUGAUGGCGGUGCUGUUUGAGGUGUGGCUGCUGGCAUGUGCUCGCUGCUUCCCCACACCACCGUACUGGAAGACUGCAAGGGAAAUGUUGGCCAACUGGAGACACCACCCUCCUGUGGUGGAGCAGUGGAGCAGAGUGGCCUGUGCUCUGACCUCCAGACUUCUGCGCUUCACCCAUGGACCGUCCUUCCCACCGUUCAAAGUCCCCGAUGAUGAUGCCAGUUUAAUUCCUUUAGAGAUGGACAAUGACUGCAUAGCACAGACGUGGUACCGUUUCCUCCACAUGCUCAGCAACCCGGUAGACCUGAGCAACCCUGCGAUAGUCAGCACCACUCCAAAGUUCCAGGAACAGUUUCUCAAUUCGAGCGGCAUCCCCCAUGAGGUUGUCCUGCAUCCGUGUCUGAAACAGCUCCCCCAGAUCUUCUUCAGGGCCAUGAGGGGCGUCAGCUGUCUAGUAGACGCCUUCUUGGGUAUAUCACGUCCCAGGGCUGACAGUGCCCCGCCCACCCCAGUCAACAGGAUGAGCAUGUCCCCGCCCCCCUCCAUCACCAACACCACGCCCCCUCACAACCGCAAGCAGCGGCACACGGCAGUCACGAAAACGACAAGCAAGAGUUCAACUGGCAGUGGUAAUCAGCCAACCAAAGCCUCUCAGCAACAGCAGCAGCAGCAGCAGCAAACGUCAUCGUCCCCGACCUUGCUUUCCAGCCCCAACCAGAGCAGCUGGGAGUCUCGGCCCCUGCCAGCCCCAGCUCGGCCAAAGGUCAACAGCAUCCUUAACCUGUUUGGCCAGUGGCUUUUCGAUGCCGCUCUGGUCCACUGUAAGCUCCACAGCGGCCUCAGCCGGGACCCCAGCAUGACGGCGAUAGCCACUCAGGUGGGCCUGGAGCUGAGGAGGAAGGGAUCCCAGAUGUCCACCGACUCCAUGGUGUCCAACCCCAUGUUUGAUGCCAACGAGUUCCCAGAGAGCUACGAGGCGGGUCGGGCCGAGGCCUGCGGGACUCUCUGUCGCAUCUUCUGUAGCAAGAAAACUGGAGAGGAGAUUCUGCCUGUUUACCUGUCAAGGUUCUACAUGGUCCUGAUUCAGGGCCUCCAGAUUUCCGAUUUCAUCUGUAGACCAGUUCUAGCGUCUAUCAUUCUCAACUCUUCCUCUCUCUUCUGUACCGACCUGAAGGGCAUCAAUGUGGUGGUGCCCUACUUCAUAGCUGCACUGGAGACUAUUGUGCCAGACAGGGAGCUGUCCAAAUUCAAGAUGUAUGUGAAUCCUACCGACCUGAGGAGAGCCUCCAUCAACAUCCUGCUGGCCAUGCUGCCGCUGCCGCACCACUUUGGCAACAUCAAAUCAGAGGUUCUGCUCGAGGGGAAGUUCAAUGAGGAGGACGGAUGGCCUCAUGACCAGCCGGUGUCCUUCCUAUCGCUGAGACUACGUCUCGUUAAUGUCCUCAUAGGAGCGCUGCAGACCGAGACUGACCCCACAAACACUCAGCUCAUCCUGGGUGCAAUGCUAAAUAUUGUCCAAGACUCAGCGUUAUUAGAGUCCAUAGGUGCACAGACUGAAACAGGGAGUAUAGAUGGAAGUCACAUGACGGUGAGGAGUCAGAGUCACAGCCGUACCAACAGCGGCAUCAGCUUCACCAGUGGAGGCAGCACGGAGGCCACCAGCCCGGACUCUGAGCGUCCUGCACAGGCGCUGCUUCGAGACUAUGAUACAGCGGCAGGCCUUCUGGUGCGCAGCAUCCACCUGGUCACUCAGAGGCUCAACUCCCAGUGGAGGCAGGACAUGAGCAUUUCACUGGCUGCCCUGGAGCUGCUGGCCGGACUUGCCAAGGUGAAAGUGGGAGUUGACUCUGCGGACCGUAAACGUGCCGUCAGCUCGAUAUGCGGCUACAUCGUGUACCAGUGCAGCCGUCCAGCCCCUCUUCAGUCGAGAGACCUCCACUCCAUGAUCGUAGCUGCCUUCCAGUUCCUCUGUGUGUGGCUCACAGAGCACCCUGACAUGUUGGAUGAGAAGGAUUGUUUGGUAGAAGUGCUGGAGAUCGUGGAGCUGGGUAUCUCUGGCAGCAAGUCCCGGCAGGAACAGGAAGUCCGACAUAAAGGGGAGAAAGAGCACAACCCUGCUUCGAUGAGGGUAAAGGAUGCUGCUGAGGCCACUCUGUCCUGUAUCAUGCAGGUGCUGGGGGCCUUCCCCUCUCCCAGUGGACCUGCCUCCACCUGCAGCCUGCUGAAUGAGGACACCCUGAUACGCUAUGCCAGACUGAGCGCCACAGGAGCCAGUAACUUCCGCUACUUUGUCCUGGACAACUCUGUCAUCCUCGCAAUGCUGGAGCAGCCUCUUGGCAAUGAGCAGAACCCCAGUCCAUCGGUAACGGUGUUGAUCCGAGGGACGGCUGGCAGACAUGCCUGGACCAUGCAGCUCUUCCAUCAACCGAGGGGAGCUCGGGCCAACCAGAGGCAGGUGUUUGUUCCAGAGGGCCGUCCAACACCCAACAACGAUGUGGGGAUCAAGUACAAUGUCAAGCAGAGACCCUUUCCUGAGGAGGUGGAUAAGAUCCCUCUUGUCAAAGCCGAUGUCAGUAUCCCAGACCUGGAUGAUAUUGUCAACAAGGAGCUCGAGGUUCAGCACGACAAGCUUCGUAUGCUAAUGACCAAGCAAAUAGAGUAUGAGAACGCCUUGGAGCGCCUCAGCGAGGACAUCUGGAAGUCCAAGCCUUACCCUGACCCACAGACGGACUGCAAACCUCCUCCACCCUCGCAUGAGUUCCAGACAGCACGCCUCUUCCUCUCCCACUUCGGCUUUCUCUCUCUGGAGGCACUGAAGGAGCCCAACAACAGUCGUCUACCUCCUCAUUUGAUUGGCCUCGAGUCGUCCCUGCCGGGUUUCUUUGAUGACAUCAGCUACCUGGACCUGCUGCCGUGCCGACCAUUCGACACGGUCUUUGUUUUCUAUGUGAGGGCUGGACAGAAGAGCAGCCCUGAGAUUCUGAGGAACGUGGAGUCUCCCAGCAGUGUGCAGCCCCACUUCCUGGAGUUCCUCUUGUCUCUGGGCUGGCCUGUGGACGUGGGACGCCACCCAGGCUGGACGGGACAUCUAGACACCAGCUGGUCUCUGAAUUCCUGCUCUGACAGCAAUGAUAUACAGCAAGCAGAGGAGGCAGCUACUCCUGAGGACACAGGAGGUUCAGUGUUCAACGGAGAGAAGAAGGUUUUGUACUACGCUGAUGCUCUGACAGAAAUCGCCUUCGUUGUUCCGUCUCUAACAGAAAGUUCCGAGGAGUCAUCAGUGCACAGUGACUCCACGGUGGAGGCGGACACCAACACAGACCUCGUGCCUGGCAAACAACCCAACCUGACACUGGAACUGUUCCCCAACCACUCUGAAAACCUGGAGUCUGCUAAAAAGCUGAGUCCUUUGGUGAAGACAAAGAGGUCAUCAACUGGAAAGUCUUUUCCCCAGCUGGGCCCUGAGACCAAAGUGUUUGUGGUCUGGGUGGAACGCUUUGACGAUAUCGAAAACUUCCCGUUGACUGAUCUCUUGGCGGAAACCAGCACCGGCCUGGAAGCUAGCAUGAGCAACAGCACUUCCUGCAGGUCAGGGUUACUAGAAAAGGAUGUUCCUCUGAUCUUCAUCCACCCCUUGAAGACGGGACUCUUCAGGAUCCGGCUGCAUGGAGCUGUGGGCAAGUUUGGCAUGGUGAUUCCCCUGGUGGACGGCAUGGUGGUCAGCCGCAGAGCGCUAGGUUUCCUCGUGCGCCAGACAGUCAUCAACGUGUGCCGACGGAAGCGCCUGGAAAGUGACUUGUACAACCCGCCUCAUGUGAGGCGGAAGCAGAAAAUAACGGAGAUCAUCCAGCGUUACCGCAACAAGCAGCUGGAGCCGGAGUUUUACACCUCGCUCUUCAACGAAGUGGGGGAGGGAAAGCCUCACCUCUAAUCCCCCCGUCCUGUCCUCACACUGGCUCGCAAGCGCACACACACACACACACACACACACAUACACACACACACACUCUUACUCUAUACUCAUACACCACUUACAACUGUACACACACACACACACACACACCUACACACCUACACACACACACACACACAGAUUCUUUAUAUUUAUACUGUACUAUUUUGUUAUUUAUAUGAAUACAUAUAUCAACACUGUUUGCCUUUGACUUCAAGAUCAAAGUGUCAAAACCAUGCCAAGGUGGAAAACGCGACGCGUCUCUGUUGCAGCUGCUCGCCGAAGAUCUCAGAGCUCAGCAGCGACCGUCUCUCCUCGUUUAGGCUCAUGCUUUGUGGCAAAAGAAUUUCUGCUUAUCUUUAACUGCAAUACAAUAGUUACACUGUUGGCCUUUCUGAACUUGUAAAAAGUUUUAAAUCUUGUGAUAUGAAUGAAUUUCAUGAGGUUUGGUAAUACAGAGUUGUGUCCAAAACCCAGAUCUGCAUAUCUGUUUUUGUUUCAGUCACGUAGAUGUUACGGUUGGGUCCUUGCCAAGGAGAUAAACAUCAAGUCAUGUUCUGUGACACACACACAGCUUCAAGGCAGGUGGCUUCAAGAAAAACAGAGAAAUUCUGCACCCACAAUUGACUUUACAACAAAUUGCCGUGUACAUCCAGACCCCUGAUAGUCUUCCUAGUGCACACACACACACACACAUUUGGCCAGUAGCUGACUGAGCAGACAGACAGUAUUUAUAGGUUUGUUUCCCCCCAGAUGAUUUACAUGUUGUUUCACUUCAUGUGGAUGUCAUGUUUGAGGUCAUUCCACUGUGUGUGAGUGUGAGAGUGUGAGUGUGUGGGGCCACAUGUUUGGUUGCUCAGCCAGCCAGGCGACACUACGAGGGGACCCUAAAGCCUCUACAUGCCACUUUAGAUAAAUGACGUUCUCCAGAGAAUAACGUUUUAUGAUUUACAAACCUCUCCACCUGAGACUGGGUUUACUCUUUAGCACUUCAUAACACUGAUGGUGAGAGCAGUUACAGAACCUCCUGGAGUUUGCACUUGGGUUUUUUUUUUCAGGGCUCAUUGGAAAAGACCACGAGGACGCUUGAGGGUUGAAGUCUGUGCAGACACCAAACAGAGCCACAGCACACUUUCAAGCGUCUUGUUCUCCAAACUAAACCCGUACGACGGAUUCAACGGCCAAAACACUCGAUGUAGCUGCAGCAUUAUAGAACCUGUCGUUUCUUCAUUUGUAAACCCGGGAAAGAGGAAAAGUGCAGAUUUUGCCUUCACAAAUGUUUUACUAACUUCUUCUUUUUUUGUUUUUUUCUUUCACCAUUGUUUACUCACUGUACUUGUGUUUCGAUUGAAGCCCUCUCGUUGUCUGCCUGUAGCAAUGUGAACUAUUUAAUCACAGAGAUGGAACAGGGCAAACACCUUGGACGGUCUUAAUGCACUGAGCACAUUUCUGGUUUGUUUUCUAUUCUCUCUUUUUUUUUGUUGGUUAACCUACAUGUCUUUUUGUACUUUUGUGCAUUUUGGAAGAAAAACCCUGCUGAAGGAAGAGUUUUAUCUUGUGAUAUAUGAAUGAAGAAGAAGAAGAAGAAGAGGCGUCGUGGAAUUUUUAACCUAUCACGUCUAAUUGUGACUCACUUUUUAUGACAGUGCUGUGUGCACAUGCCUUUUUUUGGAAGGAAAGUACAUUAAAUAUACUUCAAAGAAACUACAUUCAAUCAGUCACCCAUGUAUCCUGUUACUCCUCUGAUGUUUGAUCAUAUUUAAGGAUUUGCCAUGUACAGAAGCAGAGGAUGAUAUGUAAAUAUAUGAUAGUGUACGGCAUUUACAAGUUGUCUGUUGCAUUCCUCAUCUGAGACAGCAGAACAGUUCUGUAUGUAUGCAAUUCUGUGUGGGAGGAACGCGGUGGGCAUUGAAUGUAACAUGCAUCAAUUAAAACUAUUAUUGACAUUUUAA